AUUUGACAAAAAACGAAUCCCCGUUCACAAAGAAUUAAUUCAAGAAAAAGCUAGACAUUAUUUCAACCAACUGAAGGACUUAGAACCAAGUUCGUCAUCCUGUUCACGAAACGUGACAUUUUCUGCGAGCAACGGCUGGUUUGCUGGAUUUGUACAACGGUACGCACUUCACAAUGUGAAGAUACAAGGCGAGGCAGCGUCCGCCGAUGAAACGGCUGCUAUGAAUUAUCGCAAAGUAUUAGCGGAAAUCAUUGAUGAUGGUGGAUAUUGCCCAGACCAAAUAUUUAAUGCUGAUGAGACUGGGUUAUUCUGGAAAAAGAUGCCCAGUCGAACAUUAAUUGCGAGAUCGGAGAAAACUGCAAGUGGUUUUAAAGCGGCAAAGGACCGAAUCACACUUCUUCUUUGCAGUAAUGCCUCUGGUGCAAAGAUGUUAACACCACUUAUUAUAAAUAAAGCAUUACACCCACGUGCGCUAAAAGGCGUAAAUUUAUCUGAAUAUCCAGUACACUUCAUGGCCAAUAAAAAAGCAUGGGUCACAUCAGCUGUAUUUACAACAUGGUUCAAUGAUUGUUUUGUACCAGAAGUUGAAAAAUACAUGGAAGAGAUGGGUCUUCCGUUUAAAGUAUUGCUAAUUGUAGAUAAUGCACCCGGUCAUCCCUGUAUAGAACAUCCUAAUAUACAAAUGGUGUUUUUACCACCAAAUACGACCAGCCUUAUACAACCACUGGAUCAGGCAAUUGGACAAAUCAAACAACACACAUUAAAUUCGUGCUGGAAAGUGAUCUGGCCUGAAUGUGUAAUUAAUCGAAACGUUACCGAAAACGCGUCAACGUUAUUAUCUGAAAUUAGUGCGCUCGCACAUAACAUCGGCGGAGAAGGCUUUGACUCUUUCAACGAUAAUGACCUGGACGAGAUGAUUGAGGACCAAGCUGUCGAUGAUAGCGACAUUAUCAAUAGUUUGAUAGAUUAUGAAAAUGGACAAGAAGAACCGGAAUCUAUUACUGCGGAUAAAAUAUAUGCAGGGAUCCAGAUUUCGAAAAAAUUGGAAACGCAUUUUCUUAAAAUAGAUACCAAUGCCGAAAGACGCUUAAAAUUCCAAAAAGAGCUGAGAUCAUGCAUGUCUCACUAUCGUGACGUUUACAAGCAAUUGACCAGUCAACCGUCGUCACAAAAACUGAUCACCGACUUUAUGGUACCAAAAAACAAACCAAUUUAA